AUGGUGGCCCCCUGGGGGUCCUGGCCUCUGACGGCAGCACAGCAGCGGGGAGCCAGGCUAGGCGCCGCUCAGUCCCCCUUCAAUGACCUCAGCCCGCAGCUGGUGAACACGGGCUUCCCCCAGUGGCAUCUCGGACACCAUGCCCUGGAGCCGGUGCCCUCCAUCCUGCUGCUCUUCCUGCUCCUGAUGCUGGGCGUGCAUGGACUCCUGCUGGUGGGCCUCCUCUCCCCAGUGUCCCACCUGAGUCAGCCGUGA